GCUACUUCUUUCUCUCUCUAUCUCUAGCCUCCAAAAUACUCGCACCUUUUACUUUCCUUAUCAAAAUUCAAACUCUCUCUACUUCUCACUUUCCGAGAAAAUCCACAUUCGCUCUUUCUCAGGAAAAUCGCCGAAUCACUCACACCUGCAAAGGAAAAUCCAUACAGUCCUUUGUGCCAGGUAGAAUUCCGCAAAUAUGUCAUCUCGCCAACUCGAUCCACUUCAACAAGUAGAAACAACAUGCGGAACCCUCCUAUAUGAACUUCAGAUAAUUUGGAAUGAAGUCGGAGAGUCCGAUGUUGAUAGGGAUAAAAUGCUGCUUGAGCUUGAACAAGAGUGUCUCGAAGUUUAUAGAAGAAAGGUGGAUCAGGCGAACCGGUUAAGAGCUCAGUUACGCCAAGCCAUUGCUGAUGCUGAAGCGGAACUGGCAGCUAUUUGUUCUGCAAUGGGGGAGCGACCAGUACAUAUCAGGCAGUCUGAUCAGAGUACCGGAAACUUGAAGGAAGAGCUCAAAAAAAUUCUUCCACAGUUAGAGGAGAUGCGAAAAAGGAAAUCUGAAAGGAGAAAUCAAUUCCUGGAUGUCUUAGAGGAGAUACGGAAUAUUUCAAAUGAGAUACAAGGAUCCACAGGAUACAUUCCAUCCACCACAGUUGAUGAAACUGAUCUAUCCUUGAGAAAGCUUGAAGAAUUGCACAGACAGCUUCAAGCACUUCAAAAGGAGAAGAUGGAUCGACUGAAGCAGGUUCAGGAUCAUCUGUGCACAUUAAACUCACUUUGCUUAGUUCUUGGUAUGGAUUUCAAGCAGACUAUUGGUGAAGUUCAUCCAAGUUUAGGUGAUUCUGAAGGAUCUAAUAAUUUAAGUAAUGGUACAAUUGAGCUUUUGGCUGCUGCAAUACAAAGGUUGAGGGGGGUUAAAAUAAAGAGAAUGCAGAUGCUACAAGAUCUUGCAACUAGUAUGUUGGAGUUAUGGAACUUGAUGGAUACACCAAUAGAAGAGCAACAAAUGUUUCAGAAUGUUACUUGUAACGUAGCUGCUUCAGAAGAUGAAAUAACUGAACCCAACACACUCUCUGUUGACUUCAUUAAUUAUGUUGAGGCUGAAGUGUCUCGGUUGGAAGAGUUCAAAUCCAGCAAAAUGAAAGAGCUCGUUAUUAAAAAGAGGUCAGAGCUAGAGGAGAUUUGCAGGAAGACUCGUAUGGUCCUGGAAUCAGAUAGUGCACUAGAAUGUGCCAUUGAAGCUCUAGAAUCUGGAGCUGUGGAUGCUGCUUUCAUCCUUGAGCAAAUUGAGCUUCAGAUUGCUAAGGUUAAAGAGGAAGCUUUUAGCAGGAAAGAAAUACUUGAAAAAGUUGAGAAAUGGCUGGCUGCAUGUGAUGAGGAGUGCUGGCUUGAGGAGUAUAACAGGGAUGAAAAUCGAUACAAUGCUGGAAGAGGAGCUCAUCUUACUCUCAAGCGUGCCGAGAAAGCCCGUGCUUUAGUUAAUAAACUUCCAGCAAUGGUGGACACAUUGGCUUCAAAAACUGUGGCGUGGGAGAAGGAUAAAGGCAUUGAGUUCACAUAUGAUGGCAUUCGACUUCUUUCUAUGCUUGAAGAGUAUACCAUAUUACGACAAGAGAAGGAGCAAGAACGCCGCAGACAGCGGGACCAGAAGAAACUUCAGGGACAGCUGAUCGCUGAACAAGAGGCACUUUAUGGGUCAAAACCAAGUCCUUCCAAGCCGAGUGUGAAAAAAGCUCCUAGAAUGUCAACUGGAGGGGCAAGUAAUAGAAGACUCUCCAUUGGAGGAGCUAUGAUUCAAACUCCUAAACCUGCUACUUCCCGUCCUAGUAGUCGGAAGAGUGACCGAGCACAGCAAAAUGAGCACCACGUGGAUGAUAGCUUUACAGGUUUAUCGACUGGUAGGAAAGGCUUGGAUGUUGCUGGUAUCCCCAUGAGAAACCACUCUUUUGGAGCUCGUGAAAUGGAAUCACCAAUGAAGCGGAAACCUUUCUCACCAAUAUCUUCAACGACAUCAUCAUCGAAAACCAACAUAACAAACUUUUCAGAAGAUCUGAACAUACCGCACAACAAUGACACAGUAGAGAAAACACCUUCUGCUAUGCCUUUCACAACUCCUUCAAAAGUUACCACUACUGUCAUAGAAGAAGAGAAUAAUGUGUCCUUCACACCUAAGGUGAUGCCAAUUCCUGUGCCCACCACGCCAUUAACGGUGUCAGUUCCGAUGCAGAUGGUUUUGACUCCAGCACCGCCGCCUCAAUCAAUUCCUUAUUCUUCCAACAUAGUAGAAGAAAUUCCUGAAGAAAUCGAGUACUCUUUCGAGGAAAGAAGGGCUGGUUUUGUGCUUCCCAAAACACACAUGAAGCCAACAAUACAAGUCUGAUAUUCUUUUGGGAACAGUAUGCUUCAUGUUUUUGCCUUCUGAUAUUUUUUUCUUUUUCUUUUGGGAAUUUUUCAUUGUUAAGUCAAUUGUAAUUGGCUUGUUUGGGAUUUAAUGUGCAUAGUCUACGAGCAGUGAACGUGGACUUCAUUUCCGAGCGUGUUUCUACUGAUUAAGGUGACCUCUAAUGCUUUCAAAUUGAUUGUGACGUCUUUUUUGCUAAA